AUGGACGCCGCCGAGUUCAUGACCUUUCGUAGUAGAGCCCUGGGGCUUUUGAGUGGUUCGGUCAUCCUCAGUACCACCUUCCCGAUCAAGGGAGGUAUUGGACUAGUCCUUAGCGAUGAGAGUCACGGGAACACAUGCGUUCAGUCUUUGAAUCGCAUGCAGGGCUAUACAGCCAAGGUCCGCACUGGAUCAUGGCCACGUGUGAUUUUGUUUAAUCCCGCAGUAGCCCGUGGUUCCACUAUCGACUCAGUGAGUCGCUCUAUCAAGGAGGGCAAUCCUGCUCUCACCGAAGGUAUCGACGGUGACAAGCUGGUCAGCGCGGUCUAUUGGCGCGGCCAGCGCUUAGUUAUGGCGAUCUGCCCAACCCUCUACCACAGGCUCUCUGCCAGAGAGAUAGAUAUAGCCAAGGUUAUGGACGGUGCUUCUCGGAUUCCCUCUGAUACUCCUUUACAGGGUAUCACGGAUUCCUUGAGCACCUUGGUAAAACAAUUUACGCCCGAAGCCCCAGCCCCCUCCGACACCACCUGGUGGACGGGCGAGCCUGUCUAG